GGCACUAGGGAGAGAGGGUGACACACGGUAUCGUGUCUGGGGGUUCAGUCUGUGUUCACCCAUGAGAGACACACCACCAGCGGCGAUACGCUCCGCUCACGUCGCGAGGGUGGCUCGUUUCGCUCGCCAACUGGUCAUCCUCGUUCACGAGGACCGCCUGUCUUGCGUGUUGUGUGCAAUCGCGUGCGUCGUGAUUGGACGGCUCCCGCUGGAGAAGACCUUUCCAAGAAUAGACUUGUCUAAAGAAUCAGUGGGACGCAAACGAUGACACGAGUUAUGUGUGCCGUCUUGGACAGCUAGUGGGUUCGCGAGAUGAAGUGUCGUGGACGAUGACAGCGACUCUUCUCAUUAGCUAGGUGGAAGUGUCGAUCAAAUGUCCCCAAGUAGCUGCAAAAGGGAUCAGCAAACUGCAGAGGAUUCCACCUUGUGGGCAAUUUGCAGCUGUUGUGAACAAUUGGAUAUUGUUGAAGCAAGUCGUGGAAUUGAUUGUGUGCCCCGUCGCAAGUGGUUUUACAAGACGACAGUGCAGUGUUGAAAAGUCAGUGGUCAAUUGAGAAAUCCAAAAAGAGGAGAAUCCUCGGGAAGAGAAAUUCCGGAAGCAAAACAUUCGAUAAACACACGUACACGCUCUCCGACAGUAGUCCGAUAGUAGGAAGGAAAGUCCUAAAUGGUUCCGUUUAUCUUAUCGCUCGUAAAGUUCUUCGUGAGUUGAAGAGAUAUGACGUCACUCGAUAUACUCAGCUGAUGACGGUAACCUGAAUCCUUUUGGAUUCACGCAACGUACUCGCCGUGAAAGGAGAAACGAGGAAGAGGAGCGAUCGGCUCGUAUAUUUCUUGCGUCGCGCGUCUCGGCUAUCUGGAAGAAUUUAUCCGUGCGUGAUCCGUCAUGCUUCAGUGAUCUCGAGAAAUACUGGUACUGCUAUUGCCUAUCUGUGCUGAGAUAUAUCGCAAGUGGCUGGACUUACACCCAGGCAAGAUUAUCAAGAAUACCUCGUGAUCAUUCAGCGAGCGUCCAAUUUUCCACAAUUACGCGCGCGCGUCUCUCAGAUUUGUGUGUGCAAACACAGAGUCAUUGACACGACGGUUGCAACACGACGGUGGACCGACAGAUCGAACGUUUGUCGACCCCCCUCCCCCCCCCCUCCCACCGCCACAUCGCUCCUGUAUAUAGACUUAAACCGCCGAGGGACUCUGGAAUCUCGGACAAUUUUGAAUAUUUAAAUCGACCGCGUUGCAUAAUUCAAAGCGAUACGGGAGAAACUAAGGAAGCGGUAAAACUCUGCUUCGCAGUGAUACACGCCGCUCAACUCCCAACUCGUGGCAACACUGAAUACCGUUAAUCGCGGCCGAUAACUUAAUGUGUCCGAUAAGUUAACGGAUACAACUGAGUUAACCUGAGAUAUUUGUCAGGCAUCGCGAUUGUGCACCGCGACUCUGAGUCAGCGAAGAAGGUCUCUCUCUCUCUCUCUCUCGUCGAUAAAACUCCACAAUAGCAACACGUCGAAGCAGAGCCUGCAAUGUGCCGCGGCACGAAGCAUCGUCCUUAGUGUCGAAUUGUACGACGACGAAUCUAGUGAAAGCUGAAUGCUCUCGGAUAUUUGAACCGACCGCGGCGCGCCAUUGACGGAGGUGAAUAAGCCAAAGGGUGGUGUUCGAAAGGGUGGUGCGACGUUCGGGUACGCAAGUCUGCAGGCCAGCUCUGGGGUGCCGGGCCCGGGCGGGGUGAUGAGCUGCUCCGAUGUGAUGUAUCAAUAUUAUCCUUACCUCUACCAGACCCACCGGCCACCGCCGCCGCACCCGACUCACCCUCAUGCGGCCCCGCACAGCCACCCCCACGCCAAUCCGCACGCGGCCCAUCACAGUCCAGCCAGGCCGGCGCCCUUUCAACCCUUCCCGGCAGCCACGGCGACGCAUCAGUAUGACAGGCUGAACGUUCACCAAAGGUCCCUGGAAACCGCCGGUAUCGAGCUUUGCGGCGCCGGCGGAAGCGUCCCUCAAGGUCAACCGAGUAGCGCGGGCUCCGUGGGGUCAGCACCGAGUCCCGCAUCCCCAAGGCCAACGCCGCAACCACGGCCACCCCUCGCCGCCGCCGCCACCACCACCACCACCACCACCUCGCAACCGUCGCGAACGUUGGACGACGACCGAUCGACAGACGGUGUAGGUGCCGGCACCACCACCGAGGACUCCGACGACGGCGAGAGCAGGGCGCAAUACGUCAACGCGAACUGCGUCGUGUUUACGCACUACCGAGGCGAUGCGGCGUCCGAGGUCGAGGAGCACUUUCAGCGGGCCCUGGCGCACGACAAGCUGAAGGAAAAUAUCUCCCCCAUGUCCAUGAGGAACUUUCCCCCUUCCUUUUGGAAUAGUCAGCAUCCCGGUGAUGUCUACGAGUACCCGACGGAUCCGUGGCAUCCGCAUUACCCGCAGUAUCACCACAGGGCGGUGCACGAGUACCACCACCAUAACAUGGCGGCGGCAGCCAGCUACGGGGGUCUUCUUCUGGGUGGUGCACGCGGCCUUGGUCAUCACACGUCUCACCACGCGGCGCAUCACGCGCACGCCGCGGCGACCUACAAGGAGUGGACGUCGGCGACGCCGUCGCAGUCCCUCGUCGACGCAUCCUCGGCGCCGCCUUAUCCUCAUGGCCACUAUGCACCCCUCUCCGGUAAGACUCGAGUCCCAGGUGCAGGACUCCAAGGAUCUCUACUGGUUCUAGGAUCGAAUGUUGGAGAUCAGCAGGAGGAAUACGGCUUUCUUAAAUUCGGACGACGACUGAACGAUGUUCGCACGUCGAUUAGUGAAAACGCUCGUUAACGCGAUGAAGUCGUCGACAAAGGGGCAGAGAGAGAGAGAGAGAGAGAAAGGGGGGGGGGAAGCAGGCGCGAAGGAGAGGGGAAUUUUGUUGAGCAAGUGCGACGAGGCGUCGUCGGGCGCUCGUCGUCGUUGUCGUGUACAUAGUGUUACCUACGUCUCUUAAGGGUCUACUAUUAGCGUAAACUCAGAUAGUAUUAGACGAAUACUUGCGCGCACUAUUACCUUCAUAGUGACUGCUGCCCGACGUUCUCAGAAGAUUCGGCCGUUGAGAACGCGGCCAAGAAUCGUCUUCGGCUGGUACAAUAGCGUAGUGCGAUUUAGACCGUCGAAAGGCACCCCCUAAGUUUUCCAAAUAAUCGCCAAGUGUUUUCGAUUCUCCCGCAAAGCACGUGUGAUCUUAGAUUAAUUAAUCGGUCGAGUAAUAAUUAAUGGGGAAGGUAAAUCCGAGGAAGUUUCGACGCAAUGAGGAUCGAGACACCGGACGCGAGAAUUAUUUGGCAAAUUUAGCCGCCGACUUAAGUAAAGUAUUUAUUGACCAAUGAUCUUGCCAUAUACAUAUAUAAAUAUUAUAUAUAUAUAU